AUGUGCGACUACAUCGGCCAGUUCGGAUUCGACGCCGCGUUUGUCGACUUUGAGCAUGGCGAUCCUCCGACUCUCGAUCAGGGGGCAAGCGGCGUGGUUGUCCCUCACAUAAUCACCCCCGACGACGCCAGACACGCCGCCGCAGCGUGCCGAUACCCGCCGGACGGGGUGCGCGGCGUAGCUGGAAGCCGCCGCUCUUAUGGGGUGGAUGACUUCUUCAGGCGAGCCAACGAAGAGGUCACCUGCACGGCCCUGAUCGAAGACUACGCCGCUGUACAGAACAUCGAAGCGUUGAUCGAGGUCGACGGCGUGGACGUGUUUUAUGUGGCGCCCUCAGACCUCGCCGCCAGCAUGGGUCACACGGGAGACGUCGGUCACCCGGAUGUGCAAGAUGCGAUCAGCGGGCAAUAA